GAACCGCUCGGCCAGACCAAUCAAACCAACCUUUCCCCUCAAGACUUUAUAAACCCCGAGAACCCUGGUCUUUCCUCUCCUUGAUCUAUCUGACCACCCAUUCGAUCUCCAUCAGGUCCUCCUAACCCUAACCCUAACCCUAGCAGGAGAGGAGGAGAGAAGACGACGCCGUCGUCGAUGGAGCUGGGGGCGUUGGGGAUGUUCGUGCCGGCGCAGACGUUGGGGACGGUGCUGUGCUGCAUCUGCGGCGUGCAGAUGGAUCCCAACCCGGCCAACAUGUGCGUGCGCUGCCUCUGCUCCCGCGUCGACAUCACCGAGGGCCUCCCCCGCCACGCCACCGUCGUCCACUGCCCCGAGUGCCGAAGGUACCUCAAGCACCCGGGCACCUGGGUCCGCGCCGAUCUCGAGUCCAAGGAGCUCCUCGCCUUCUGCCUCCAACGCCUCGAGUCCCUUACCCGUCUCGUCCGCUUCGUCCACGCCGAGUUCGUCUGGACCGAGCCCCACUCCAAGCGCCUCCGCCUCAAGCUUCGCGUCCAGCGCGAGGCCCUCCACGGCGCCAUCCUCGAGCAGUCCCACCUCGUCGAGUUCACCGUCCACGACCGUCUCUGCCCUAAGUGCUCCCGUGCCCAGGCCAACCCCGACCAGUGGUCCGCCGCCGUCAAGCUCCGCCAGCAUGUCGCCCACCGCCGCACCUUCUUCUUCCUCGAGCAGCUCAUCCUCCUCCACAGGGCCGACACCGACGCCCUCCGCAGGGCCGAGGCCGACCGUGGUCUGGACUUCUUCUUCGGCAGCCUCUCCCACGCCGUCAAGUUCGUCAAGUUCAUCUCCAGCGUCGUCCCCGUCCGCUCCUGCUCCGAUAAGCAGCUCGUCUCCCACGACCCCAAGAGCAACAUCUACAACUACAAGCACACCUUCUCCGUCGAGAUCUGCCCCAUCUGCCGCGAGGACCUCAUCUGUCUCCCUCCCAAGGCCGCCCAGGCCCUCGGCAACCUCGGCCCCCUCGUCAUUUGCACCAAGAUCUCCGACUCCGUUGCCCUCCUCGACCCCUUCACCCUCCGCUCCGCCUUUCUCGAUGCCAGCCGGUACUGGAGGGCCCCUUUCAGGGCCCUGCUCUCCAGCCGCCAGCUCGUGGAGUACAUCGUGCUCGACGUCGAGGUGGAGUCCUCGGAGGUCACCGUCGGCGGGUCGAGGUACUCCCUGGCUUAUGCCCAGGUGGCCCGGGUGUCUGAUUUCGGAAAGAACGACACCAUCUUCACAGUCCGAACCCAUCUCGGCCGCCUCUUGAAUCCCGGCGAUUAUGCCCUAGGUUAUGACCUCUAUGGGGCCAAUUGCAACGAUCUCGAGAUUGACAGGUAUAAAGGCCUCAUCCUGCCAGAUGCGGUUCUGAUAAAGAAGAGCUACGAGGAGAAGCGCCGCAGCGGAAGUGGAAAGCCUCGACCUUGGAAACUGAAGAGAUUGGACAUGGACGUGGACAAUACCUCCACGAGCAGAGCUGACGAAGAGAAGAAGGAUACCGAGCAUGAGGAGUUCUUAAGGGACUUGGAGGAGAACCCUGAGCUGAGAUUUAAUAUUUCUUUGUACCGCAACGAAGAUUAUCAGCCAUCGGAGAUGGCUUCAACGGCUUGCGGGGAUGAUGUUCCUUCCGGGCCCUUGGAGGAGCUGUUUGCUGAUCUUGAUCUGAUUGAUCAAGAGGAGGAAAAUGAUAAUGCUGGUAGCAUGAUGGAGUGAUUUGUCUGACCGCAUCCAUACCGGUCAAUCCUUACUUCAUCGAUCAAGGUUUGAGUUGGGUCUUCUUUUAUAUUAUAUAUGCUUUUUCGCUCCAGAAGUUUUGGAAGUUGCUGAGUGUAGCUUCUAGUUGUUGGGUCCUAAGCUCAAAAUUAGUUUUGUUUUGUUUUUAACACUCUUUUUUUCAAGAGCUUGAUUAUGUUUGGUCAUAGCUAGAUUUCCUUUUGUUUGGGUUAAUAUUUGUGUUGGACCUGUGAGACCCAUUCUGUUUUGUUGCACAGGGACGUAAUUUAAGAAAUGCACAAAUACAUUUAUGAAGGGAAAAAAGUUAUUUAUUGAUAAAAUUUGCAGUAAAUUUUAGCA